AUGUCUGACAACGGCGAGGUCGAGGUCGAGGUCGCCAGCUACCAGGUCCUUCCCAAGGACGUCGUCUCCGAGAUUGGCAGCGUCAAGCUGUUCAACCGAUGGAGCUACGAGGAUGUCGAAAUCCGCGACAUCUCCUUAACCGACUACGUCCAGAUCCGAUCCCCCGUAUACAUCCCUCACUCUGCCGGCCGAUAUGCCGCCAAGCGAUUCCGGAAGGCCAACUGCCCCAUCAUCGAGCGGUUGACGAACUCGCUGAUGAUGCACGGCCGCAACAACGGCAAGAAGUUGAUGGCCGUCCGCAUCGUCGCGCACUCCUUCGAGAUUAUCCACCUCAUGACCGACCAGAACCCUAUCCAGAUCGCCGUCGAUGCCAUCGUCAACUGCGGACCCCGAGAAGACAGCACGCGUAUCGGCUCGGCCGGUACCGUCCGGCGGCAAGCCGUCGAUGUCUCGCCUCUCCGAAGAGUCAACCAGGCCAUCGCCCUGCUCACCACCGGCGCGCGAGAGGCUUCCUUCCGCAACGUCAAGUCGAUCGCCGAAUGCCUGGCUGAGGAGCUGAUCAACGCUGCCAAGGGGAGCAGCAACUCGUACGCGAUCAAGAAGAAGGACGAGUUGGAGCGUGUCGCCAAGAGCAACCGAUAA